AAAGCAAAAAGGGGGCGUGGCAACAACAACACACCUCUUUCGUCUUUUCUCCAGUUUCUCCUCGUUUUUCUUACUUUUUAUCAAAAGAUUUCAAUUAAAUAUUUAUAAUAGUUGCUUUGAGAAUUCUGAAGAGUUAAGGAGUUUUUAAUGAAAUGUCUAGAUUAAUCAUACCAAAACUCCUUUUAAGCGCCCCCAGAUGUAUUUUACCUGUUUUGUCAAGAAGAUUUCUCAACUCCAACUCUGGCAGUAUCACAAAAGUUCAUCGAGAAACGUUCACCAGAACUUACCCAACAGUUCUAGUCCUGCCUGAUGGUUCAAGCAUUCGUAUUAGAUAUGACGAGCCCAGACAAAUUAUCACACUUCCUGUGGAUUUGACUUUGCUGACUGAGAGUGAGAGGAAGGCUCGUUUGGAAAGAAGAAAGCCGAAAGAGAAGAUCAAAAUUGAAGAUGAUUAUGAUGAUGAUUUUGAUCCAACAAAAUACUUGAAUAAAAAGUAAUUUUAGUGAAGUACGUAUGUUGUCAUACGUUAGUAAAUAUUGCUUUUUGCUUUAUACUAAGUGAUCUGUAAAACGAUGAAAAAAAUGCAUUUCAUUCAUCAAAUUAUUUGAAUUUGUAAGGGAUUAGUCGAUUAGUUUUUAC